CUCUAAUAAAAGGCUACAUAUAUUAUUAUACCCCUCGGUUUAUCUGUCUGUAUUCUGGCUUUUUUGGAAACACAAGCAAUAAGAAAAGAUAAACCCAGUAAAAAGAGGCAAAUCGAUUUGGCUUGGAUGAUGAAUCUGAUAUUGCAGUGUAUUUUACGUAGAUGAUUGUUUCCUUUACCCCCUUUUUUUUAUGUUAUAAGCAUGCAAUUUACAUAUGGUUACUUAGCACUUGAGGUCUAAAUUUCUGAUAUAUGAUUGAUGAACUAGAAUUUUCGAGGAGGGAGUUUCCUUUUUGCAUGGGAAAGAAUGGCAGAUUUGAGAGGAGGAAUUCGUCAAUCGAAAAGGACUAAUGACAACCCAGAAAUCCCUGCUUCCUUACUUCCAACGGUUCUGAAUGGUGCUGCUAGUAGAGGCAGAGGCAGAGGUAGAGGCAGAGGGCGUAGAGGAAUGAAUCCCGAUGAUAAUUGCAAGCUUGUUGGUUCUGGUGCUCGUGGCAGGGGUUGUACUGGAAUAAACUUGCCUGUGAGGCAGGUUGUUGAAAAAAGUGCAGAAAGAUUGGUUGCUGUUGAGGAAGAAGGAAGCACUAGUUCACUUCCUGAAAGGGUACAGCUGGGGAACUCUCCUGUGUACAAGUUGGACAGAAAACUUGGUAAAGGUGGUUUCGGGCAGGUUUAUGUUGGAAGAAGGAUUUCAGGUGGCUCAGGGUGCAGUGGACCUGAUGCCUUUGAGGUUGCUUUGAAACUUGAGCAUCGAAAUGGUAAAGGAUGUAGUUCUGGUCCUCCUUAUGAAUGGCAAGCUUACAGCACUCUUAAUGGUUGUUAUGGACUUCCCAUGGUUCAUUACAAAGGUCAACUAAGAGGGUACUACAUCCUUGUCAUGGAUAUGCUAGGCCCAAGUUUAUGGGAUGUUUGGAACUCAAACAAUCAGAUGCUGACAGAAGAGAUGGUUUCUUGUAUAGCAGUGGAGGCAAUAUCGAUUCUUGAGCAGCUUCAUCAGAAAGGUUUUGUACAUGGGGAUGUUAAGCCUGAGAACUUUUUGCUUGGCCAGCCUGCGACCUCGAAUGAGAAGAACUUGUAUCUAGUUGAUCUUGGUUUGGCUUCAAGAUGGAAGGAGGCAGCAUCUGCACGCCAUGUUGAUUAUGACCAAAAGCCUGAUGUGUUUAGGGGAACUGUUCAUUAUGCUAGUGUACAUGCUCAUUUGGGUAGGACAGGAAGUCGAAGGGAUGACCUUGAGUCAUUGGCUUAUACACUCAUAUUUCUACUUAGAGGGAAGCUUCCCUGGCAAGGUUACGUUGGGGAGAACAAAGGAUUUCUUGUUUGUAAGAAGAAGAUGGGAACUUCUCCUGGGAUGCUUUGUUCCUUGUGUCCUCCUCCAUUUCAACAGUUUCUCGAGAUUGUCGCCAAUAUGAAAUUUGACGAAGAACCCAAUUACUCAAAGCUCAUCUCCCUUUUCCGUAACAGCAUAGAUUUCAACUCAUCAAUACAUCCUAUCCAAAUCGAUGGAGCUAUUAAGGUGGGUCAAAAAAGGGAAGGACCAUUUGCUGAGUUGGAAGAUGGUGAGCAGCUUAAAAAGAAAGUUCGGCUUGGUUCUCCUGCUUCUCAGUGGAUCUCAAUAUAUAAUUCCAGAACUUCCAUGAAGCAGAGAUAUCAUUUCAAUGUUAUGGAUUCAAGACUCAACCAGCAUGUGGAGAAGGCAAUGGAAGAUGGCUUGUAUAUUAGCAGUGUAGCGUCGUCAUCGAAUCUGUGGGCCAUUGUUAUGGAUGCUGGUUCGGGGUUUACAUCUCAGGUUUACGAGUUAUCGCCAAUCUUUUUGCACAAGGAGUGGAUAAUGGAACAGUGGGAGAAGAAUUACUACAUCACUUCAGUUGCUGGUGCGUGCAAUGGCAGUGCACUGGUUGUUAUGUCAAAGGGUACUCCCUACACGCAACAGUCAUACAAAGUUACCGACGUGUUUCCCUUCAAAUGGAUUAAUAAGAAGUGGAAAGAAGGCUUCUCUGUGACCUCAAUGACCGCUGCAAGCAACAAAUGGGCCAUUGUCAUGUCCCGAAAUGCAGGCUAUUCUCUUCAGGUUGUUGAACUCGAUUUCCUUUAUCCGAGUGAGGGGAUUCAUCGAAGAUGGGAAAAUGGGUAUCGGAUUACAUCAGCGGCAGCUACAGAGGAUCAAGCUGCAUUCAUACUUAGUACACCUAAGAGGAAAUCACAAGAUGUAAUGCAAGAAACUUUGCGUACAUCUGCUUUUCCUAGUACCCAAGUAAAGGAUAAGUGGUUGAAAAAUCUGUAUAUUUCAUCCAUUUGCUAUGGGAGGACGGUGUCUUGAAGUGGUAAUCGGUAUUUGGAGUGAACAACACUGCCACCUUGUAUCUUAAAUUUCAAACUCAACUUUAUCUGAUUGCACUUGUACUCUCGAGCUUACACCAGCUACACUAAACUAUAUUUCAAAGUUAUUAUUCAAAUUCAAUUACCAAUUAUAACCAGUUAUUAAUGAAAUCAUUUUGAG